AAAACAAUAUUUCUUUCAUUUACAGUUUGACGGUGAGAACAUGUAUAUGAGUAUGACAGAGCCAAGCCAGGAGUAUGUGCCAGCCAGCCAGUCUUUUCCUGGUCCAAGCCUUGAAAGUGAAGAUUUUAACAUACCUCCCAUCACUCCUCCUUCAUUACCUGAACAUUCACUGGUACAUUUGAAUGACACAGAAUCUGGUUACCCUUCUUUGUGUCACCCAGUCAACCAUAAUGGCCUGCUUCCUUUCCAUCCACAAAACAUGGAUCUACCUGAAAUCACAGUCUCCAAUAUGCUUGGACAAGAUGGGACACUGCUUUCAAAUUCACUCUCAGUGAUGCAAGAUUUACGGAAUACAGAAGGAGCUCAGUAUAGUUCCCACCCCCAGAUGGCAGCCAUGAGACCAAGAGUUCAGCCUAGUGAUAUUAGGCAGCCAGGAAUGCUGCAGCAUGGUCAACUGACUACCAUUAACCAAUCACAACUAAGUGCUCAACUUGGUUUGAAUAUGGGUGGAAACAAUGUUCCCCACAAUUCUCCAUCUCCUCCUGGAAGCAAGUCUGCAACUCCAUCACCAUCCAGUUCAGUUCAUGAAGAUGAAGGAGAUGAUACUUCUAAGGUCAAUGGUGGAGAAAAAAGACCUGCUUCUGAUAUUGGGAAAAAACCAAAAACUCCCAAGAAGAAGAAGAAGAAGGAUCCUAAUGAGCCACAGAAGCCUGUUUCUGCCUAUGCAUUAUUCUUCCGAGAUACUCAAGCAGCCAUCAAAGGCCAAAACCCAAAUGCUACCUUUGGGGAAGUCUCUAAAAUUGUAGCUUCCAUGUGGGAUGGCUUGGGGGAAGAACAAAAACAGGUAUACAAAAAGAAAACUGAAGCUGCUAAGAAGGAAUAUCUGAAGCAGCUAGCCGCUUACAGGGCAAGCCUUGUAUCCAAGAGCUACAAUGAACCUGUGGAUGUUAAGGUAUCCCAGCAGCCUCAGAUGAUUAAUACAAAGCAGUCAGUGUUCCAUGGAUCUACACAGCCUCACUCGGCACUGUACCUAAGUUCCCAUUAUCACCAGCAAGCGGGAAUGAAUCCUCACAUAACAGCCAUACAUCCCAAUAUUCCUAGGAAUAUAGCACCUAAACCGAACAACCAAAUGCCUGUGACUGUUUCCAUAGCAAACAUGGCGGUCUCCCCACCCCCAUCCCUUCAGAUGAGCCCUCCUCUUCACCCACAUCUCAGCAUACAGCAACACCAGCCGCUUACAAUGCAGCAGUCCCUUGGGAGCCAGCUACCGAUGCAGGUCCAGUCUGCUUUACAUUCGCCUACGAUGCAGCAAGGCUUUACUCUUCAGCCUGACUACCAGAAUAUUAUCAACCCUACAUCUACAGCUGCGCAAGUUGUUACUCAAGCAAUGGAGUAUGUUCGUUCAGGGUGCAGAAAUCCUCCAGCACAGAGUGUGGACUGGAAUAAUGAUUACUGCAGUAAUGGGGCCAUGCAGAGGGACAAAGCCUUGUACCUCACCUGAACAUGUUUGGGGAAAGCACCUCUCCUUUCCACUGAGGAAUGCAGGGAAGUCUUCUCAUCAUGAUUGCUUUGUGCAGUCAAGGCAGUUCUGCAUUUAUUUAGAG